AUGGGUGAGUCAAGUGAAGACAUAGACCAAAUGUUCAGCACUUUGCUGGGAGAGAUGGAUCUUCUGACUCAGAGUUUAGGAGUUGACACUCUCCCUCCUCCUGACCCUAACCCACCCAGAGCUGAAUUUAACUACAGUGUGGGGUUUAAAGAUUUAAAUGAGUCCUUAAAUGCACUGGAAGACCAAGACUUAGAGGCUCUUAUGGCAGAUCUGGUAGCAGACAUAAGUGAAGCUGAGCAGAGGACAAUCCAGGCACAGAAAGAGUCCUCGCAGAAUCAACAUCAUUCAGCAUCUCUACAGGCAUCAAAUUUUAGUGGUGCAGCCCCUCUUGGUCAUGGAACAAAUGUUGCUGCCACUGGUAUCAGCCAAUAUGAGGAUGACUUACCACCUCCACCAGCUGAUCCUGUGUUAGACCUUCCACUGCCACCACCACCUCCUGAACCUCUCUCUCAGGAAGAGGAAGAAGCCCAAGCCAAGGCUGAUAAAAUUAAGCUGGCGCUGGAAAAACUGAAGGAGGCCAAGGUUAAGAAGCUGGUCGUCAAGGUGCACAUGGACGACAACAGCACAAAGUCACUGAUGGUGGAUGAGCGGCAGCUAGCCCGAGAUGUUCUGGACAACCUUUUCGAGAAAACUCAUUGUGACUGCAAUGUAGACUGGUGUCUUUAUGAAAUCUACCCGGAACUACAAAUUGAAAAGGAAUCUGUAAAGUCAGUUCAUGUAAGGUACAACCUUAUAAGAGGUAAAGUCAGUUCAUGUAAGGUUGUGCCUCAAAAUUUCUACUUGGAUAACAGAGGAAAAAAAGAAAGCAAGGAAACCAAUGAGAAAAUGAAUGCUAAGAACAAGGAAUCCUUACUCGAGGAAAGUUUCUGUGGAACAUCUAUCAUUGUACCAGAACUGGAAGGAGCUCUUUAUUUGAAAGAAGAUGGAAAGAAAUCCUGGAAAAGGCGCUAUUUUCUUUUACGGGCUUCUGGAAUUUAUUAUGUACCCAAAGGGAAGACUAAGACAUCUCGAGAUCUGGCAUGUUUUAUACAGUUCGAAAAUGUCAACAUUUACUAUGGGACUCAGCAUAAAAUGAAAUAUAAAGCGCCCACUGACUACUGCUUUGUUUUAAAGCAUCCCCAAAUUCAGAAGGAGUCCCAGUAUAUCAAGUAUCUCUGCUGUGAUGACGCAAGAACCCUUAACCAGUGGGUGAUGGGAAUACGGAUAGCCAAGUAUGGGAAGACUCUCUAUGAUAACUACCAGCGGGCAGUGGCAAAGGCUGGACUUGCCUCUCGGUGGACAAACUUGGGGACAGUCAAUGCAGCUGCACCAGCUCAGCCAUCUACAGGACCUAUAAAUGGCACCGCCCAGCCCAAUGGACAGAUGCCCCAGGCUGCACAUUCUGUCAGUGCUGUUCUGCAAGAGGCCCAGCGACAUGCUGAAACGUCAAAGGUAAAACCAGCAAGACCUAUAAAUGGCACCGCCCAGCCCAAUGGACAGAUGCCCCAGGCUGCACAUUCUGUCAGUGCUGUUCUGCAAGAGGCCCAGCGACAUGCUGAAACGUCAAAGAGGCCGUCUCCCGCGGUGGCCAAGAGGCCUCCUAUGCCCCCCAAGAGGCACGAGAACCCAGGGACCCCCAGCGGGGCAGGAGGAGGGGAGCAAGAUUUCAUGUCAGACCUCAUGAAAGCUUUGCAAAAGAAGAGAGGUAACGUGUCCUAGGGAGGGGCAUGGUGAGUGUGCCAGAGGGAGAAGCACCGCUGACCCGGAGCGCAGGUUUUGCUAGUAGAUUACCCUGACAUUUUGUUCAUUUCAGAUAAAAUGUGAUGGGAAACUUCUCACUGUUGUGCUCAAGUGCAGCCAUAAACAUUAACCCAAUAGAGUUCAGAAUAUCUGCCCAAAUGUACAUAUUGCUCCUAUGUAUUUUCACCUAAACAGAAUGUACCUUCCCUUCCAGGUUACCUAAAGUGCUGUGUUAGGUUCAUUUAUUUUAUUAUGUUAAGAAGCAUCAUGUGAAUAAAAGUUAAACGUUUUUCC